AUGUACGGAGGCUCUUCCAAGCUAGGAGGCCGAGGCGGCGGCCGUGGAGGCGGUGGUGGCUCCGGUCCUAGGCGCUCUUCCUUACCACCUCCUCCGCCUCCUCACCGCUCCACAACUGCCUCCCGCCUCUCCCUCGGUUCCUCCAAUAGCAACCCUCGCAACAACCGGCCCGGUCCAAUCAAUGCCAAGUCGUCGUCGUCGUCGUCAACCUCUGGUGUUGAAGAGAGUUUCUCUUUGAUUCCGGGGAAUAACCCACUUGCUUUUGCUAUGAUUAUAAGGUUGGCCCCUGACUUGGUGGAUGAGAUCAGAAGAGUUGAAGGUCAGGGUGGCACUGCUAGGAUUAAGUUUGAUUCCAUGGCUAACAAUCCUAACGAGAAUGUUAUUGAUGUGGGUGGUAAGGAAUUCAGAUUUACAUGGUCGAGAGAAUUUGGUGACCUCUGUGACAUAUAUGAAGAACGACAGGGUGGUGUAGAUGGAAAUGGUUUGCUUGUUGAAUCUGGGUGCGCCUGGCGCAAGGUGAAUGUCCAACGAAUCUUGGAUGAGUCAACUACGAACCAUGUUAAGAAGCUUUCUGAGGAAGCUGAGCGGAAACUUAAAUCACGCAAAGCUAUCGUGUUAGACCACGGUAACCCAGCCGCGAAGAGUCAAAUAAAGCAAUUGGUUGCUGUUGAGUCUAAUCCAUGGAGGAACUUUAAGCAAAAGAAAGAACCUCCAAUUAAAAAGCGGAAAGUUGAGCCUCACCAAGUUGGAAGCCUCCCUAAAUCCACCUUCAAAUCUGCACUGCCUUCGACUGCAAGCACGAAGGGUAGGCACUCCUCUUCACCUCUAUCAUCCCCACUUGGGCAAUCUGGUGCUCCAGCUUCUCCAUUUGGAACUGGAAGCAUCCCGAAGCGUCAUGGCACAGAAGACUACAUUCCAACCCACGUGAAAAGUAAAGAGAAUGCUGCUAGCUCAGAGAAUGAAAUCCCAACCAAGGCUUCUAGUGCUUUAUGGGAGACACCUGGUCGCAAAGGGAACUUGGGGGCCAAACCAAUGGAUUUGCAGAGUAUGUUGGUUAAUUUACUUAUUCAGAAUCCUAAUGGGAUGAGCUUGAAGGCCUUGGAAAAAGCUGCUGGGGAUACAAUUCCAAACUCUGCCAAGAAGAUUGAGCCCAUUAUAAAAAGGAUAGCUAAUUUUCAAGCUCCGGGAAGAUAUAUCUUGAAACCAGGAAUGGAGUCAGAAAAAUUCAAGAAACCUUCACCUGGAAGUGGAAGUUCUCCUGAAGACAACCGUCAGCAAGCACAUGCUCCUGAAGAUGAUCGUGAUCAGAGACGUGAUCCAGAACCAAAAUUUUCUGAGAAAACUCCUGCUGUUGCCUUGAAGGAACCGCUUCAGUCAAACUCUAGACUUGGAGAAGAAUCGAACGCAUCAGAAAAAGUUGACAUUGAUCAGUCUUCUCCUGAUUUGUUUGGUGAGAAGAAGGUUUCUGAAAACAGUGAAGGGCAGGUAGGCAGCUCUAGCGAUAGCGGAAGUGACAGUGACAGUGAGAGUGACAGCAGUGAUAGCGGCAGUGACAGUGGAAGCCGCAGUAGAAGCAGGAGCAAAAGUAGAAGUCCGGUAGGAAGUGGAACUGGGAGUAGCAGUGACAGUGAAAGUGAUGCGUCUUCCAACAGCAAGGAGGGUUCUGAUGAGGAUGUUGAUAUCAUGACAAGUGAUGAUGACAAAGAACCCCAAAAUAAGUUACGUGCCUCUGAACCAGGAUCAAUAGCAUCAUCCAAUCCUUGGAGGUCUGUGCCGAAUGGGACUGAUGAGAAGCUAGAUGGUGAUGUAUCUGAUGCAAUUGACAUUGAUGGCCAUGGCUCUGCUGCAGUUGACAUUGAGGGCCGUGGCUCUGCUGCAGUUGACAUCGAGGGCAAUGAAUCUGCUGCUAUUGACAUCGAUACAGACUUGGCUGGUGAUGAAAAGGACAAUGAAAUAGCUGCAAAUGAUAGUUUGGUUUCCAGCAAAGAAGGUGAAAAACCUGUGGAAGGAGCAAAAUCCAUUUUUCCCAAUCAUCAUAUAAUUGAAGAGCGCGAAACGUUCAUAGGAAACUUAUUCGAUGACGACGACAAUGUGGUAAGGGACAGCUCUAGGCAUGAGCAGUCUGACAGCUCGGAGAGAACAUUGAAAAGUAAAUCCAAAAGGGGCCUGGAUGCAAAGCAUUUUGAUGGUAAAUCUGACCGUGUCAAAAGAUUGAAAGCUGAAAGCUUGUCUCAAGUGCCCAUUUCUAGGGGUAGGGAUGCCCAGUUCUCGGAGAGUCCUCAUGACAAACACAAUGAAGACAUGUACAAGGGUCCUGGCUUUCAAGUGAUGGAUAGAGCUGAUAAACAAGCAAAUGAUUUUGGCUCAGAAAAGCAAUAUAAUCAGGCAUUUUCUGGAAAAUCUAAUUUAGAUUUUCAACAAUCAGGUCGGAGGUCUUCUGAUCAAAGUGCAAGGUUGAAAGCUCCUGAAGCAGCAAGCAGAUCCAAACAUGCUGAGGGCUCAGGACAUGGUCGUAAGUUCCCAGAAAAGGGUUCUCAUGUGCAUGAAACUUUUCCCAUUCAAAGAGAAAAGGCUUAUAGAGAUGCUCAAAAUGAGGAUAAUUUUUCGAAGGAGAAAAAAGUGCCAAGAAAUUCCAAGGAAGGCAGUGCAGGAGGUAGACAUUCAGCGCCCUUUGAUUCCCAUUACAGGAAACAAGGGGAAGCAUUUGGAAAACCAAAGGAUGCUGGACAGGUUUCAAACUCACAUGUUGGGUUUUCACCGAAGGACACCAUCAGAGUUGACAUGGAAAAGUACCCGGUUGUUAGUGGAAGAGGCCUCGAGAGAGAGCUUUCAGACUUGGAGUUAGGAGAACUCCGUGAGCCAUUGCCUGAGGAAACACCAGUUAAAAAGCGGUUUGAAAGGAAAGGUUCUUUUAAGCAGUUGGAGAACAAAUCAAGCACUUCAGAUAACCAUAAUGCAGAAUUGAACAAGGGUAAACCUGUGGGAAAGGUAACAUUGGACUCGGUAAAGUGCUCACCGAAUCCAAGUGUCGGGGUUAAGAGGUCCCCAGAACGUCGUGUUGAUGAUUUAACAAGACUUCACCAUAAAGUCGUGCAGUCUCAGCCACAACAUCUUUCAAGAGUAGAUAAUCUUGAUGUUGGAUCCGAGUUCGGUAAGUUGGCUGAUACAAGUAGCAGAUUGAGACAGAAUGAAACUGGUGCAAAGCUAGGAAAUAGUAUGGAAGGCUAUGGAGAAAGCAACAAGAAAGCCCCUCUCAGUGCACAGAAGCUGCAUGAAUCUAAACGUGGACCGCUUCCCCACUCGAUAAAAGAAAGUAAAACUCAAUCGUCUAAUUCAAUGACAGACUUGAUAAAUGGACGGAAAGAUACAAUUAAGACAGAGGGUAACAACAACAUUUUCAAGAAGAGGGAAUCUUCUUCUGAGGAAGACAGCUCUUCAUAUUCCAAGUAUGAAAAGGAUGUACCAGAGCUCAGAGGACCAAUUAAGGAUUUUUCUCAGUACCAAGAAUAUGUGCAGGAAUAUCGUGAUAAAUAUGAUAGUUACUACUCCUUGAACAAGAUCCUGGACAGCUACAGGAAUGAGUUCCAUAAACUGGGAAAAGACCUUGAAUCUGCAAAAGGCAGGGAUAUGGAUAGAUAUCAUAACAUCUUGGUGCAGUUGAAGGAUUCUUAUAGGCAAUGUGGAAAGACGAUGGCUGGACCUGCAUAUGCUUUAUGGAAAGGAAAAGGUAACACCAACACAAAUAAUGGAAUGGAAGUUAAACACUUGAUGAUUCCAGGUGGUUUUUUGGCUGAAAUUGUAGAAAGCAGUUUGCAAAUAUGCAAGGACAAGGUAGAAAUGGUUGGGUGA